AUGACCACCUCCGCUGCACACGCCAUCUCAGCGCGUCGUCUUUCCAGGCGCCGAUCCACGGCGUCCAGUCUUGAACACGGAGUGCCUCUUCCACAGAUCACGCCUACCGACCAUGAUAUCACAGAAGAGAUUGCGGAGAUCAAACGAUACGAAGACUUUACUACAAUAGAUUGGGUCCAGGAUGCGGCCCAAGAACAGUUGCGGAGGCGGGCUAGGCGGAAAGAAUCCAAGUUCUUCGAAAGAGACGGAGUAUUGGGCUGGCGUCGGAGAGUAUGGGAUUCCUACGAUGCAGCACAAUCAUGGAUUGUUAUAACACUGGUCGGCGUGGUUAUCGGCUUCAACGCCGCCGCUCUCAGCAUUGUGACGGAAUGGCUCUCGGACAUCAAAGUAGGUUAUUGCACGACGGCAUGGUACCUCAAUGAAGGCUUCUGCUGUUCUGGUUCCGACGAAGGCUGCGACCAGUGGAGGCGAUGGAGCUCAUUCGGCAUCGUCAAUUAUUUCAUUUACGCCAUCUUCGCCGUCCUACUGUGUACCGUAUCGGCGUUCCUGGUCAAGAACUAUGCCCCGUAUGCUGCAGGAUCGGGCAUUUCAGAGAUCAAGUGCAUCAUUGCGGGAUUUAUCAUGAAGGGGUUUUUGGGUUUCUGGACGUUUCUGAUCAAGUCAAUCUGUCUGCCACUUGCCAUCGCAUCUGGUCUAUCAGUCGGCAAAGAGGGUCCAAGUGUCCACUACGCAGUUUGCGUCGGGAAUGUGAUAUCACGGUUCUUCGACAAGUACAGACGAAGUGCCUCGAAGACCAGAGAGAUAUUGACCGCAACAGCAGGAGCGGGAGUGGCCGUGGCCUUUGGAAGUCCUAUUGGGGGAGUCCUGUUCUCCCUAGAGGAGAUGGCGACACACUUUCCGCUCAAGACACUCUGGAGGAGCUAUUUCUGCGCACUUGUUGCGACGGCAGUUUUAAGUGCCAUGAACCCCUUCAGAACGGGGCAACUUGUCAUGUUCUCUGUCAAAUACGAUAGGGAUUGGCAUUUUUUCGAGGUCAUCUUUUACAUCAUUCUCGGCAUAUUUGGCGGACUAUAUGGUGCAUUUGCUAUCAAGUUCAACCUCAAAGUCCAGACUUUUCGAAAGAGGUACCUGGCGAAACACGGUAUCCCGGAAGCCGCCAUACUUGCCGGCGUCACGGCUCUUCUCUGCUAUCCGAACAUGUUCUUGCGCAUUGAGAUGACAGAGAUGAUGGAGAUGUUGUUCCGAGAAUGCGAAGGGGGCUAUGAUUAUCACGGCCUUUGCGAAAAGAAAAACAGAUGGUGGCUCGUCGUGUCACUGGCAGUUGCAACAAUCAUGAGAAUGCUUCUGUUCGUCGUCUCAUAUGGAUGCAAAGUCCCUGCUGGCGCAUUUGUGCCAUCGAUGGCUAUCGGAGCUUCGUUCGGAAGAAUGCUAGGGAUCAUCGUCCAAUGGCUGCACGAAUCCUUUCCAGAUUCGCAGUUUUUCUCGACGUGUCAGCCUGACGUGCCUUGCAUCACCCCCGGGACCUACGCUUUUCUAGGCGCCGCAGCAGCUCUCAGUGGCAUUAUGCACCUGACAAUUUCGGUUACCGUCAUCAUGUUUGAGCUCACCGGGGCGUUGACAUACAUCCUUCCCACGAUGAUUGUGGUCGGCGUUACCAAAGCCGUCGGAGAUCGAUUCAGCAAAGCCGGCAUAGCUGAUCAGAUGAUCUGGUUCAAUGGCUUUCCAUUCCUCGACAACAAAGAAGAGCACACUUUUGGUGUAGCCGUAUCAAAAGUCAUGACCAGAACCAUGAGCGUGCUGUGUUCGACAGGAAUGGAAGUCAAAGCUGUUCAGAAACUGCUGAAUGACACGACCUAUUCUGGAUUUCCGAUUGUCGAGGACGAGGAUGCGAGGAUCCUUAUCGGCUAUAUCGGCAGGACUGAACUUCAAUUUGCCAUCGACCGGGCCAGAAAACAAGGCGUGAUCGCGCCAGACACCAAGUGUGCAUUCACCGCCGAUCGAGAGGAGGACAAUGCGGAAACGGCGGCACCAGUAAGCCCAGCCACCACCUUUGAUUCUCUGCCUCUAUACACAGCCGACUUUAGCGCAUUCGUCGACCGGACGCCCAUCACAGUUCAUCCACGUCUUCCCCUCGAGACGGUCAUGGAGUUGUUCAAGAAGAUGGGUCCACGUGUCAUUCUCGUCGAUCAUCAUGGCCGUCUCGAGGGCCUUGUCACAGUUAAAGACUGCUUGAAGUACCAAUUCAAGGUUGAAGCGCAGGAACACGCCAGUGCGAUGAGAGACGACCAGCAAAACGGACCCAACGAGCGUUUCGCCGACGUGCUUGCGACUGUUUACGACUAUGUCGUUGACAGGAUCAACAACCUGUCCCGGGGCAAGUUGAGACUGAGUCCUCUGACCGAAACCGGUUGGACCAGAGUCUCUGGCCGUGAUGAGAGACAUGAUUAUGUAAAUGACUAUCGUAACGAGCAGGCCAUUUUGGAUGGGACAGAAGACGACGAUCCAGAAAAUGCUGAUGACAGAGAUGGUGUUGAGAUGCAUUCUAGAUGA